AUGAUCUGGCAAAUUAUUAGAAGAGGUCUGUUAAGUAAGAUCGAUAUCAAACUACAUCCUGAAUUAUACCGUCUACUGGAAGAUGACGAAACUUUGGAACAAUUCUUAAGAUUGCCUCCAGAGCAAAUCUUAUUGCGUUGGUUCAACUACCAUUUAAAGCAGGCUAAGUGGAAUAGAACGGUUUCUAACUUCUCUAAAGACGUUUCUGAUGGUGAAAACUAUACCAUCUUACUGAAUCAGUUGGAUCCUACGUUGUGUUCUAAGGCGCCUUUGCAAACUACCGACCCACUGGAAAGAGCAGAGCAGAUUUUACAAAACGCUGAAAAAUUAGAAUGUAGAAAGUAUUUGACCCCAAGUUCUUUGGUCGCAGGGAACCCUAAGUUAAAUCUGGCCUUUGUAGCUCACCUGUUUAACACUCAUCCUGGAUUAGAUCCUAUUCAAGAAGAGGAAAAACCUGAAAUUGAGGAAUUUGAUGCUGAAGGUGAAAGAGAAGCAAGAGUUUUCACUUUAUGGUUGAACUCGUUAGAUGUCGAUCCCCCAGUUAUUUCCUUAUUUGAUGAUUUGAAGGAUGGUUUGGUGUUAUUGCAAGCUUAUGAAAAAGUCAUGCCCGGUGCAGUUGACUUCAAACAUGUCAAUAAAAGACCCGCCUCGGGCACUGAAAUAUCCAGAUUUAAAGCCCUAGAAAACACCAACUACGCUGUCGACUUAGGCAGAUCGAAGGGAUUUUCCUUAGUUGGUAUUGAAGGCUCUGAUAUUGUAGACGGUAAUAAGUUGUUGACGCUAGGUCUAGUGUGGCAAUUAAUGCGCAGAAACAUUUCCAUCACUAUGAAGACAUUAUCUUCGAGUGGUAGAGAUAUGAGUGAUUCUCAAAUUUUGAAAUGGGCUCAGGACCAAGUCACGAAAGGUGGCAAAAACUCUACAAUUAGAUCAUUUAAAGAUCACGGUUUAUCAAACGCACAUUUCCUAUUGGAUGUUUUGAACGGAAUUGCACCAGGCUAUGUUGAUUAUGAUCUAGUCACCCCUGGUAACACUGAAGAAGAAAGAUACGCCAAUGCAAGAUUGGCUAUCUCUAUCGCCAGAAAGCUGGGUGCUUUGAUUUGGUUGGUGCCUGAAGAUAUCAACGAAGUUCGUGCAAGAUUGAUUAUUACUUUUGUAGCUUCGUUAAUGACCUUGAACAAAUAA